AUGACCGACUACGCGCAGUACCAACAGCCCCACCAUGGGCACGCACCCGGCCACAUCCAGCCCUAUGGCGGCGCUCAGAACCCGGCUGCCGGGAACCCAUCGAUAACGUCACCCACCCAACAGCAACAGAUGCAUUCGUAUCAACAAACAUCGCCAAUCCUCCCAUCGCAGGGGUACGGCCAAGCUGGUGCGCAGCACCAGCAACACCCCCAGCAAAUGAGUUACGCACAGCAAGGGUAUAUGCAAGGCAUGCCCCAAGCGUACGGCAUGUCGCCAACACAAGCGGCGGCCAUGGCCACAGCUGCCGCUGCAGGUCCGGCGGGCGCAUACGGAUAUGAUCAGAACGCGAUGCACGGACAAGUUGCGCAAUCGCCGCGCAUGGCUGGGGGACAAUUGAAGCAAGAUGUACGCGCUGCCCCGCGCUCGCCAACCGCGGUGUCCGCCGGUAUGGCUGGACCCCUCGCCUCCCAAGUCCAGAUGACACCCGGACAGAUGCAGCAGCGCAGAAUGAGUACCCAGAUCAGCAGCCCUGCGAUGCAGCAGCCCCAGCCCGUGAUGAGUCACGUAGGACCUCGUUCGUCCAUCUCAGUCCCACCUCAAAUGGCAGCGCCACCGCAACACCAACAGUCGCCUGAGCUCGUAGCUGGGGCGCAGGCCGAGGAAGCUCCGCUAUACGUCAACGCCAAACAGUUCCACCGAAUUCUCAAGCGCCGUCUCGCGAGACAGAAGCUUGAGGAUGCUCUGCGUCUUACAUCGAAGGGUCGCAAGCCAUACCUGCACGAGUCGAGACACAACCAUGCUAUGCGCCGUCCACGUGGACCUGGUGGUCGAUUCUUGACUGCCGAGGAGGUUGCCGCAAUGGAUGCUCAACAAGGCAAGGAUGGCGAGACCGACAACAAGGAGAACAGCGCUGCCCCGCCCGCGCCUAAAGCUAAAAGUGGAGGCCCUAAGCGCAAGGCCUCUCAGACUCAGCUGAAGGCCGGCCCUCCUAAAAAGGCGAAGGCGCAGCAGCAGAGUAUCAGCGAGGAAGACGAGGAUGAGGAAGACGAUGACCCUGAGGAUGAUGGUUGA